UUCUGUGCAGAAGGAGAAGGAACAAGAUUUCUGAGGAGGCGUCGAAGUGAAAGAAUUCAUUGCAAAUCUAGAAGCCGUGCCGGAGAAACCAUUUUCAUGUCACAACGGAACUUCAAGAUGUCGGAUCCGAACAACGAAACCGAUUCCUAUUUUCUCCAGAAUUUCCCGAAUUUGGUGCAGCCUCAGUUACCGCGUGGAUUUAAUCGGGGGAUGGGCAAUCAGUCUACCCAGACUAAGACUUCGCCAUCCAAGACAGCGAAUAAGUCUACCCAGACGGAACCUGUCAAUGAUGGCAACGUGCAAGCUAGCGUGAUCGCAGUGCUGGCAGGAUUGGACUCGAUCUUGGACAUGAAACAGCCUAGCAGAAGUCCUUCGCCCGAAGAGCACCAGCGCCUAAAUGAGAUGUUGACCGGCCACAACUGCGUUUUGCUGCGCGAAGUACUGGAGUCAAGGAAGCGAAGGCUUCCCGUGGAGGACCUAACUGGGCUUCUAACUACAAUACUAGAGCGAAAUCCAGAUGGGAAACCGCUGCCUAAGCGGCAGAAGCCGGAGCGCCAGGAAGAAGCGUCCUCAGAGGAGACAACAGAAGAUUGGGAAACUGAACCAUUCUAACUUGGAAAAGUCGAUGAGUUAUCGACAAAAUGAUUGGACAGUCAACUGAGCAGGUCAGAUUCAACAUUUGCAGGCAACAUGCAAAAGAAAGAAAAACAUUUAAAAAUGCAGAUAGCCUUGAAUUUGUAAGACUUGUAUCGAAACAGCUGUAUACUAAUUGCUUACAAAUAAAAACCGCCAG